AUGCCACCAAAGAAGCAAUCUACAGAAGAUAAUCCUAAACCAACGCGUCAAUCCGCUAGAGCAGCUGCCAAAGCAUCCGCCGCACCAAAACCAAAGCCAAAAUCUCCACCAAAAGCGACGAAAAAGCGUAAAGCUGACGAUAACGAUAUUGAAAUUGAUAAUGACAGAAAAUUAGCUAAACGUCGUCAACCUGCCUUGGAACAAGUCGGUUUGAACAAACUUCCUCAGAAAUUAUCGACGAAUAGCCUUAGAACUUUACUCGUUUUUGGUACAGGUGAUUUCGGUCAGUUUGGUUUAGGUGUUGACACGCUUGGUGAGAUUAAAAGACCGCGUAUACACCAAUGGGUUGAAGAUGCCAUUGAGGAUGACGAGUUGGGUCCAGAGGGUGUCGAACAGAUCGCUGCAGGUGGUAUGCACAAUCUCAUGAUUGAUUCAAAUGGGAAGAUUUGGUCAUGGGGUGUUAACGAUGGUAUGUCACUUGGGAGAGUGACUGCAGACACUGGCGUUGAAGCCGAAGAACUUGAAACUGUACCAAUGAAAGUUGAUGGUUUGGAUGACUUUAGAGCGGUCAAUAUAGCUGCAGGUGACUACAUUUCGCUCGCUAUCGACGAAGAAGGUCAAAUGAGAGCCUGGGGAUCUUUCAACUCAAAUGACGGAUUACUCGGUUUCGAUGGCAGGCCAGGUGGUGCUAGGAAACAAGUAAAGCCAGCAGUUUUACCCCAACUAGCCAAGCACCGUGUCGUACAGGCUGUUUGUGGUGCUGACCAUGCCCUCGCUUUAACCACUUCAGGUAUCGUUUACGCUUGGGGUAACGGCCAACAACAACAGCUCGGUAGGAGAGUUAUUGAAAGACGCAAAUUGAACGGUUUGACACCAGAGCCAUUACAUAUUCGUAACAUCGUCGCAGUCGGCACAGGUUCCUACCACUCUUUUGCAAUUGACAAAGAUGGUGUCGUAUUUGGAUGGGGUUUGAACAAGAUGCGCCAGACAGGUGUCAGCGAUGAAAGGGAUGGCUACGAAGACACUAUCGCAGUUCCUACACCAAUCGAUGCUCUCCAUCCAGACAACCACGAUGGAAGCAGAGUCAUUCAAAUUUCCGGUGGAGAGCACCAUACAUUGUUCUUGUUCGACAAUGGUGAAGUUUGGGGCUGUGGUAGAUGCGACGGUAAAGAACUCGGUCUAUCAAAGGAUCAUCCAGCUUAUAAGGAAAUCCUCGAGAAUAACGAGAAGACAGCUCAAGAAGCCAGAGAAGAAAAGGCCAAGAAGCAAGGUACUUCAAUUGAGGAAACUGAGGCACCAAAGACGAUUGCGGAUGAAUUCGUCGAGCAGCCGGUCAGAAUCCAAUUCCCACCUCCACCAACAGAGGAUGAACCAAAUCCAGAAAACACACCAUACGAAAGCGGAUCAUCAAAAACUAAGAUUAAGCAAAUCAGUGCUGGUCUUAGACACAACCUUGCUGUUAGCGACCAAGGUUAUGUUUACUCUUGGGGAUAUGGUAAUGCAUGCCAACUUGGACAAGGUAAUGCGGAGACUAUUGAGGAACCAACUCGUAUCGCCAACACCGCUUUGACGAAGGUCAACGCACUCUACUCAAGCGCUGGUGGUCAACACUGCGCCAUUCUCGCUGAGAAGAAGGGCUCUACAGCUCGCGAGGAGAAGAAAGAAAAUGACGUUGAGAAGAAGGAGAAUGAAGAGAAGGAAGGUGAAGAGAAGAAUGAAGAUGGUGAUAAGGAAGAAUCAAAGUAGAUUAUUAAUUAUUACUAGACAGUGUGCUACCUGCUUAUUAAUUCUAAAGUGAUGGACACAUUUUACGCUCAUUUAUUACUUUUUGUUUAAUUUAUAUCCAUACAUAAAUGC